GAGGGGAAAUCAUAACAGAACUAGCAAACAAACUCGGUCACUCCUCACAAUCUGAUUUGUUUAUUCUCAAAAAUAAUGUCGCAAUCAAUGAAUCCUCCUCAACGUCAAUCCCUUCUCCUUCAUUCCCCCAAAACCUUCCAAAACUACACGGUCAACGUUCCGAUUAAUCAAAUCGAUUUGAGUCUCAAUUCCUCUGCUCUUCAAUUUCAAUUCCGAUCUGAUGGUACCACAAUUAGGGUUAGGGUUCUUGGUUUUGUUCCUGGUUUGUUAUACGACUGAGUCUCGAUGCAACAAGGGAUGCGAUCUGGCUUUGGCUUCAUACUAUGUUUGGUCCGAAUCAAACCUCACAUUCAUCGUUGAUGUUAUGCAAUCGCAGAUUAUGCCGGAAAAUAACUUCGAUGUUGUACUUAGUUACAACAAGCAGAUUCCGAAUAAGGACAGUGUCCAAUCUGAUAUCAGAAUCAACGUUCCGUUUCCUUGCGACUGUAUCAACGGCGCUUUCCUCGGCCACGUGUUCGAGUACACAACCAUAACCGGAGACACAUACGACAAGAUUGCGAAUCCGUAUUACGCGAACCUGACGACAAUCCCGUGGCUGCUGCCUUUCAACAAUUAUAGCGAGAACAGGAUACCUUCCAAUGUGCCGAUCAAUGUGACGGUGAACUGCUCGUGCGGGAAUAGUGAGAUUUCCAAGGAUUACGGGUUAUUUGUUACUUACCCGCUCCGGCCUGGAGACACGUUGGAGUCUGUGGCUGCAGCGGCUAAUGUAAGUAGGGAUUUGGUGCAGAGAUACAACGACGGAAUCAAUUUUAGCCAAGGGAGUGGUUUGGUGUAUAUUCCAGGCAGAGAUCAAGAUAAUAGCUAUCGGCCCUUAAAGAAUACAGGAGUAGCGGGUGGGGUAAUUGCUGGCAUAUCUGUUGCAGCAGUGGCUGGAGUGCUCUUAGUGUCACUUUGUGUGUAUUUUGGAUUUUACAGAAAGAAGAAGGUGAAGGAGGCAGCAUUGCUGUCAACACGUUCUCAGGAUCUAUUGGCUCCUGCGGGAAUCGCUUCUGGAAGUAACUCCAAUACACAUGUUUCCUCAAGUGGUCCAGUUGGUGGUUUAUCUCCUGGUCUUGCUGGCAUAACUGUGGACAAAUCUGUGGAAUUCUCAUAUGAAGAACUUGCUACUGCUACUGAUAACUUCAGUCUGGCUAAAAAGAUUGGUGAAGGUGGCUUUGGGUCUGUUUAUUAUGCAAAACUGAGAGGCGAGAAAGCUGCAAUCAAGAAGAUGGACAUGCAAGCAUCACGAGAAUUUCUUGCUGAAUUAAAAGUCUUAACUCAUGUUCAUCACCUAAACCUGGUACGCUUGAUUGGAUACUGUGUCGAAGGUUCUCUUUUCCUGGUAUAUGAAUUCAUUGAGAAUGGUAACUUAUGCGAGCAUUUGCGCGGCUCAGAUAGGAACCCACUGCCGUGGUCUACUAGGGUGCAGAUUGCCCUUGAUUCAGCGAGAGGUCUUGAAUAUAUACAUGAGCAUACUGUUCCUGUUUACAUUCAUCGUGACAUUAAAUCUCCAAAUAUAUUGAUAGACCAGAAUUUCCAUGGGAAGGUUGCAGAUUUUGGAUUAGCUAAACUAACAGAGGUUGGCAGCGGAUCGCUCCCAACACGACUCGUGGGCACAUUUGGAUACAUGCCACCUGAAUAUGCUCAAUACGGAGAUGUUUCGCCCAAAGUGGAUGUAUAUGCUUUCGGAGUCGUCCUUUAUGAACUUAUUUCUGCUAAGGAAGCCGUGGUCAAGGCAAAUGGUUCUCUUGCCGAGUCAAAGGGCCUCGUUGCUUUGUUUGAGGACGCUCUCAACCAGCCUGAUCCUAAGGAAGAUCUUUGCAAAUUAGUUGACCCCAGGCUUGGAGAUGGCUACCCACUCGACUCUGUCGUCAAGAUGGCGCAGCUUGCCAAGGCAUGCACACAAGAGAACCCUCAGUUACGUCCAAGCAUGAGAUCCAUUGUUGUCGCCUUGAUGACUCUUUCAUCCUCCACAGAAGAUUGGGAUGUUGGUUCCUUCUAUGAAAAUCAAGCUCUUGUUGGUCUGAUGUCAGGAAGGUAGAGAUGGUAAGCUCUGUUGGCGUGCAACUAUUCAUUUCCACUCAGGUAAUCUGUAUGUAAAUGCAGUUGAAUUUUUUUUCUUCCUUUUGUUUUAUUAUCGUGUGAAAGUGAAUGCAAGUUAUGCUAUUCAUUUCGAUCCUUCACACGAAAUAGUUAAGAGUUUGUAAAUUAAAUUAUACAUUUCAAUGGUUCUGCUGUUCUGAUCAGAACCAUCCAAGCCUUAAUCCCAAUCCCAAACUUCAAAGUGAAAUGACAUUUUGGAAAUCACACGUAAA